GAGUGAUGGAGCUGCCCUGACCUGAGACGGUGGAAAGCGAAGGGGCCUCGCAGUGAGCUGGUUCGGGGUUCAGGGCAGAGGUUGCGCCUGGAGCAGAAAGGCACCUGACUGCUAUACUGGGGGCACAUAGUGGGCCUCGGCACUCCACCUGCCAGCAAAAUCAUUUUCUAUAACGCCGCAUGCCUAAAAAUGGGCCGAUAAACACAAACCAGACCCUAAACCAGACCGUUGUUAACUCUUCAACCUGCCUUCCAGCCGAACUCUCUUAGGCCAGAGCUGGGGCCAGGCCGGGUUGGGCGUCGCGCUUGUCAAUCAUCUAGAACGGGGUGUGAUUGAGCGAGUUGGGAUCCCACUGCCGACAGCCGCGCCGAGGCGGUCGGGAAACCGGAAAACGCUUCCAAUGGCUGUGUUUCCGGCGGCGGCGCGGGGGCAGCUGGGAAUCCGGAAUGCUGCCCGAUGGCCCUGGGUCCUCGCUGUGGGGCAAUCCGGGCUUGCAGACGAGUUUUAGAAAGAGCGUUUUCGCUACGUAAAGCACAUUCGAUAAAGGAUAUGGAAAAUACUUUGCAGCUGGUGAGAAAUAUCAUACCUCCUCUGUCUUCCACAAAGCACAAAGGGCAAGAUGGAAGAAUAGGCGUAGUUGGAGGCUGUCAGGAGUACACUGGAGCCCCAUAUUUUGCAGCAAUCUCAGCUCUCAAAGUGGGCGCAGAUUUGUCCCACGUGUUCUGUGCCAGUGCGGCCGCACCUGUGAUUAAGGCCUACAGCCCGGAGCUGAUCGUCCACCCAGUUCUCGACAGCCCCAAUGCUGUUCAUGAGGUGGAGAAGUGGCUGCCCCGGCUGCAUGCUCUUGUCGUAGGACCUGGCUUGGGUAGAGAUGAUGCGCUUCUCAGAAAUGUCCAGGGCAUUUUGGAAGUGUCAAAGGCCAGGGACAUCCCUGUUGUCAUCGACGCGGAUGGCCUGUGGCUGGUCGCUCAGCAGCCGGCCCUCAUCCAUGGCUACCGGAAGGCUGUGCUCACUCCCAACCACAUGGAGUUCAGCAGACUGUAUGACGCUGUGCUCAGAGGCCCUAUGGACAGCGAUGACAGCCAUGGAUCUGUGCUAAGACUCAGCCAAGCCCUGGGCAACGUGACGGUGGUCCAGAAAGGAGAGCGCGACAUCCUCUCCAAUGGCCAGCAGGUGCUUGUGUGCAGCCAGGAAGGCAGCAGCCGCAGGUGUGGAGGGCAAGGGGACCUCCUGUCGGGCUCCCUGGGCAUCCUGGUACACUGGGCGCUGCUUGCUGGACCAGAGAAAACAAAUGGGUCCAGCCCUCUCCUGGUGGCCGCGUUUGGCGCCUGCUCUCUCACCAGGCAGUGCAACCACCAAGCCUUCCAGAAGCACGGUCGCUCCACCACCACCUCCGACAUGAUCGCCGAGGUGGGGGCCGCCUUCAGCAAGCUCUUCGAAACCUGAGCCCACGCAGACCAGAAGUAAACAGGCACCUUGGACGGGGGAGAGCGUGUGUGUGAUGGGAAAAUCCGGACCCACGCGUGUGCUGAAGGCGCACGGUGCUUGCCAGAUUUUCAACUUGAGCAUAAAUUGGUUGCCAUUGAGAAUUUAAGAAUCUGGAAUAUUGCAACUUUUGGUUAAACUUAAUGCAUGGUUGGAGAUGUUAUGGCGACACUAAACAAAGUAUUCCUGAACUUUCCUUAGCUCCUUGGUAGUAACUGGGAAGACAGAAAUGAAGAAAAUCACAUGAGAAUGAAGAAUUCUUUAGCAGCUCAACAGAAUUUCUUUCUCGGCCUGCUCCCAAAUCGGCGAAGUUUCUACUUGUUACUCUCUCUGCCGACGCCCUUCAUUUCUCCCCCGCUUCCCUUCCCUAGUCUUUCCUCCGGCAGGGAGCUGGGCAGGGGUCCCCGGGUGUCUCCCUGAGUCCCGACUGCACUGACUGGGUCCAUCAGAGGGCUGCUUCGUUCUCCAGCUCAUCUUCUUUUAAAGUGGUGACUAGCUUGGUGGUAUCUGGCUGCUGGUAUUUGGCUUAUUGACAUACUCCAGGGUAAUCAAUGAUGACUUUGUUUGGCAACCCUUUUGGAGGCACCAUGGGAACAGAAGGAAACAUGCGUGACGCUGACCCUUGAGUGUGUGGGUGGGGAGCUCUGAGACGCCUCCUGUCCCACGCUCUCCGGUGUCUGUGUCUACACAGGGGUCCCCAUGAUACCCACCAGCCCCAGCAGGGCAGACCGGACCGGGGACGGGCACGGGCACGGUGAAGGGCUGCAGCCUGGGGUCUGACGUGGCCCCUAGUGCUGUCUCAGGAGAAGGCUCUGGAGGACUUGGGGCAUGCUGGGCCUGGUGCAGUGAUGGCGCUAAGGAGACCCGGGGAAAGACAGUAUCGUGGUCACAUAUGCUUAGGAAGCAGCACAGCCGUGUCCUCAGGGAUGUUCGCGUCCAGUAAAGACACUGGUAACUGCAGUUUCAGCAAACAUGCUUCAUGGCAGUGUCGACCUCGGGUUAGCUUCUGUUUUUGUGGAUGGUUUUCCUGGAGCGGCCUGACAUUGACGUGUUCUCUGGUCCCAUGUCUUAGCGGGGCGUGGUACGGUUUCGUGCCUGACGCGUGCAUUAGGGUGUUCUCUUAUACUUUCAGUAGCGUCUUUCCACAGCAAGGGCAAACCCUCCUGGUUCCCUUCAGAGUCUUUUUGGCCUGAUGAUGACUCUUGAGUGAUACCCUGUGAUGCAGACAUGCCCCAGAUGGAUUCUACUUUCUUUAAAACUAGGAACUUUCAAGAUUAAAAAAAAGAUUGUCACUACUAAUUUGACACCUAACUUCAGAAGCUUCACUGUCUACAUGUGAACUUUUCCAGAAAAAGUGUGCCAUGGACAUUUUUCCUCUGGGGAAUUAACAUCUAAAUUCUGGUAACUAUUAAAAGACAGAUCUGGUUAAUUUAAA